AUGGGUAAAGUAUCUAAGGCCACGAAGAAGUUCCAGACCAAACAUUUGAAGCAUACCUUGGAUCACAGGAAGAAACAGAAGCAACAUGCUGAAAAAACCAAGGGCCGCAGAGGUAACAAGACAGCAGAGGAAAAAGAGAAUGCAGCUCUGUCAAAGCAGGACCAACAGUUGCUAAAGUCAUCCAAGGAAGAAGUGUUCAAGGACAUGAGCGUGGAGGACUUUUUCGCCGGAGGAUUCGAAGUUCCCAAGGCAAGCAAGGCCAAACCGGCCAAACAGCAAAAGGAAGAAGAUGUGUCUUCAAGCGAAGACGAAGAGGGCAUGGUGGAAAACAUGGCUAGUUUGGCGGAAAAGGACCCGGAAUUCUACAAGUACUUGCAGGAAAAUGACAAGGCGUUGCUAAACUUCCAGGGCACGAACCCGCUGGACGGUAUAAGCGAUGGUGACGAAGACGGAGACGAAGAGGAAGAACAGGCACAAGGAGAGGACGACGAAGAGGAAAAAGAAGAAGCGGACGCUGCGGGAAAAAACAAAGACUCUUCGCAGACCGUUGAAGUAGACCUCAAACUGGUGAGAAAAUGGAAAAAAGAGCUUUCGGCCACGACGCUCAACGUCAAGCUCGUCAGAAACAUUGUUUCGGCCUUCAAGGCCGCAGUCAACGCCAACAAGGAAGAGCUGGUCGACAGCUACAAGUUUGCUGUCAUUAACGGCAAGGCUUUCCAAGAGCUGAUGUUUGUCGCGUUGCAGGACAUGCCAGCUGCAAUUGUCAAAGCGUACCCUUACAAAAUCGUCAGAGGCUCUAGAACGCUACCGAACAACGGCAGCGUGACCAAGGUCGCCGCUGCGUUUAAGUCGCAUGCUGGGUCCAUGCUCACCAUGCUUCAAGACAUCACAAACACGGAAUCGGCCGUGCUGGUAUUGCACUCUCUAAAUCAAAUUUUGCCAUACUUUCUGUCCCAUAGAAGAAUCAUCAAGGAGAUCAUCAAAGUCAUCGUCGAGCUAGGAGCCACGACGCGCGAUCUGGAAACCCAGGUUGCAGCUUUUGCAUUUUUGAACAACGCUUCGAGAGAAUUCAAAAAAUCGCUGCUUGAUACUGUUUUAAAGACUACCUACUCGUCUUUCAUCAAAAGUUGCCGCAAGACCAACAUUCGUACCAUGCCGUUGAUCAACUUCCAGAAGAACUCUUCUGCAGAGUUGUUUGGUAUCGACGAGGUUCUCGGAUACCAAGUCGGAUUCGAGUAUGUCAGACAGCUAGCCGUGCACUUGAGAAACAGUAUAACUGCCUCCACUAAGAAAUCUGCCAAGACCAACCCGGCAGACGCUUAUAAAAUCGUCUACAACUGGCAGUUCUGUCACUCGCUUGACUUUUGGUCGAGAGUGCUCUGUGCUCAAUGCAACCCUGAGAAGGAAAACGGCAAAGAAUCGUACUUGAGACAGUUGAUCUACCCGUUGGUACAAGUGACCAUUGGUGUGAUCAGACUGAUCCCAACUGCUCAAUUUUUCCCGCUUAGAUUCUACUUGAUCAAAUCUCUGAUCAGACUCUCGCAAAACACCGGCGUGUUUAUUCCAAUCUACCCGCUUCUUGGUGAGAUUCUUUCGUCGACCGCAUUUUCCAAGGCGCCUAAGAAGAAGUCCACGUUGCCAGCGUUUGAUUUUGACCACAACAUCAAGUGCAACCAGGGCUAUUUGGGAACGAAAGUGUACCAGGAUGGUUUGGGAGAGCAGUUUGUCGAGCUGGUUUGCGAAUACUUUGUUUUAUACUGUAAGAGCGUUUCGUUCCCAGAGCUGACGACUCCUGCUUACAUUGGUCUGCGUCGUUACGUCAAGGCCUCCAAGAACAGCAAGUUUAACAAGCAAGUCAGCAACGUUCUUGAGAAAAUCAGACAAAACUCUGAAUAUAUUCUAAACAAGAGGUCGGAAAUCGAUUUUGGCCCCACCAACAGAGGCGAGGUCGAACGUUUCCUCAACGAUGUUCCUUGGAACAAAACCCCAUUGGGAUCUUACGUUCAAGUACAACGUGAAGUUAAGGAAGAGAAGGUCAAGAUACUGAGAGAAAGUUUGGAGGAAGAGGAUGAACAGGAAGCGAGACGCCAACCCGUAUCCGACGGAGAAGACGAUGAUGUCGAAAUGUCUGACGAAUAG